AUGAGUUGGAUGGACUCGUGGUCGCGGCCCUCUAAAUGGCAAGCUACAUCCCCGCCGCUCUAUCUGCUUCCCGGCGGCGAAGCCACGCCUUACUGCAGGUCUUGUGGCAGGGUGAUUAGCCACCGCAAGUCUCACAACAAAGAAGCUACAAACACUCCCGCCAAAUACUGCUCGAGUCGCUGCCGCAACCAAAAGCCCGGAAAGCUCGACCGCCAGAUUGAAGAUAUCUUUGUCAAGUCUCUCAAUGGGGAGGAGGAUUCGCUAGAUACGGAAGGUGGCGCUGCUGGGGUCAGACCAAAGGAGAAAGCAUCGAAGAAGAAGAAGGGCGAAUCUCGCAUCCUCGUCUCCUGCGACGCCGUCGAGAAGUCUGUUUUCGGAGAUCACUUCGAUCCGGAGAAAGUCUACGGCAGAAGGCGGAACAGGGCCCGGCGCGGAGCGCCUGAUGAUGAGGAAUGGAAAAGCGUAGACAUGCUCUCAGACGAGGAGCGUGCUACUGCCAGCGAUGCCAGCACUUCGGACACCCCGAUCGCUCCUGAAGCUAGUGCUGCAGGCGAGGCCGAAAAUGCGGAGGCCAUCACCACGGAUGGGGACGUGAUGGCGCGAUUGGCGGUCAGAAGCGGCACACGUAUCCGGCCAGCUCAAGGGGUCUCUGAGGUCAAUGGCAGCGUGGGUGGAGAGAAAGGAUGGGCCGAGCGGGUAGAUGAGACAGACGAGAUGCUAGAGAGAAGGAGGCAGGGACAAAAGCGAGCGCAUGAGAGGGAAAUGGUCAGGUGCGCUGCCAGGAGAGGUGUGGCGUUUGGUUUCGUGGUCAAACAGGCGGGCGGCGAUCAGACGGAGGCGAGGAGGAAGUGCGAGGCUGUGAUGCAUGGAAAGGUGGUGGAAUCGAGCUUCGCUAAGGGGGAUUGGAGCGUUAGGUGGAGAGAAUGA